UCCCUGACUCCUAAGUCAUUAGGGAAUAGCUGUCCUAUGGCUCUGAUGCAGAAGGGAAAGGAAACAGAUUAAGAAGGGGUCAGGAUCUAUUCUAUAGUGAAAAAGAACUUGUUAAGUUAUUUGGGCUCAUGUAAGAACAAUUUUUUUGUGCUUUCCUUUGGACACAGUCAUUAGACCUGGAUGGCCUUUCAGGAUCUCUUGAAUCAAGUUGGCAGCCUGGGGAGAUUCCAGAUUCUUCAGGUGACUUUCAUUUUGAUCUGCAACAUAAUAAUUGUUCCUCAUUCUCUGUUGGAGAACUUCACAGCAGCCAUUCCUAAUCAUCGGUGCUGGGUCCCCAUCCUUGACAAUGACACUGUCUCUGAUAAUGACAGUGGGAUCCUGAGCCAAGAUGACCUCCUGAGGGUCUCUAUCCCCCUGGACUCCAACCUGAGACCAGAGAAGUGUCGUCGCUUCAUCCAACCACAGUGGCAUCUCCUUCAUCUGAAUGGCACCUUCUCAAGUGUGACAGAGCCAGACACAGAGCCAUGUGUAGAUGGCUGGGUGUAUGACCAAAGCACCUUCCUCUCCACCAUUGUUACUGAGUGGGACCUGGUGUGUGAUUCUCAGUCACUGGAUUCUAUAGCUAAGUUUGUAUUCUUGACUGGUGUGUUAGUAGGAAAUAUCCUAUAUGGCUGCUUAACAGACAGGAUUAUUGUUCUGCCUAUCUGGCUAUUUGUGCUUCCGUUUGGGAGGAGGUUAAUCUUUAUAUGUGCUUCACUGCAAAUGGCCAUCACUGAAACCUGUGCGGCCGUGGCUCCCACCUUCCUCAUCUACUGCUCACUACGAUUCCUGGCAGGGAUGUCUUUCUCAGCCAUGUUGACAAAUAGUAGCUUGCUCAUAAUAGAAUGGAUAAGGCCUAAAUUCCAAGCCUUGGCAACAGCACUGUUAAUGUGUGCUGGAGCGGUUGGACAGAUAAUAUUGGCAGGCCUGGCUUUUACUUUUCGAGACUGGCACCACCUCCAUCUGGCGAUGUCUGUACCAGUGUUUUUCUUACUUGUACCCACAAGGUGGCUGUCAGAGUCAGCUCGGUGGCUGAUUAUGACCAACAAACCCCAGAAGGGCUUAAAGGAACUUAGAAAAGUUGCACACAUAAAUGGAAUGAAGAAUUCUGGAGAUGUCCUAACCAUGGAGGUAGGCAUAAUGGGAGCAUAAAGGAAACACAAGCUUAAUAAUACAUGUCUAGAUGUCAAGGUGCAAUAUGCUACUAUUAAAUAUAAUGUAUACAUGUUUCUUUCGAA